AUGUCUGACGACAUGAACAACGUUGAUGAGAUGUCUACUUCUGAAGAUGAAUCGUCUAAAUCGGCAGAUGAAUUUAAUACCGAGGUAAGCAAAAGCAAUUUAAUCGCAGAACUAUCGGAUAUCGUUUCCUCGGCCACGAGGCACAUGUUUUCGAACGCGCAGAUUGUAAUUUGCGUAUUAAUCUGUCGAGAUGCCAUAGGCAUAGUGGCUAGUUUUGCGGCGUUGCGUAACGUGUUGGUAUGACUCAGUGUAUGCGCUUUGUCGAUGCAUUAUUCAUUUAUUUGUAUCACAUUUUAACAGGACAGUGAAACGCAGAAGUUCUUUGUCAAGGACGGAAGUACGUAUGUCAGGUUGAAAAACGAAGUGGCUCUUUUUUCGGACUUCACUCUGAAAGUUAUAGGCGAAAUCUGGCCAAAACAUAAGGCGAAACAAGAUAACGUAGAAUACCACAGACGAGGGGAAGUGGGGCAGUGGUUGAUGAGCUGUACUGGACGUUCUUUCUCCACGAAAGAAACAAGGUAUGAACUAUUUUAUGAUCGUUGACACUUGACAGCACUAAAAGGCUAUAUUAGCUAGAGGAUCAAUGUUGUGGUACGGUGCUUCAAGUUACAGUGUACCGGCAAAUAAUCUAGAUUCUAGAUUCUAGUUAUAAUCCAUUUAUAACGUCCCAGUUUUAUCAAGACCGUUUAGCCUAAAUCGUGGAUAUUAAAGUUGAAACUAUAAAAUAACAUACUUUGAUUAUUAAGGUUUUUAGACCAUUUCACCAGUAUGCUUAACGCGCGCUGCCGCGCUCGAUUAUCAAGUUCCCCGCCCUCACAUUUUGCAUGCAUAAUGAGAAAUCAUUUCUGUAGCUAACGGCUUGCCAAAAAAUCUACAUCUUAAACGAUUUGCAAAAAAAUCUAUAUCUUCACGGGAUGCUUUUGAAAGUUUGACGGUCUUUGGCUUUGUAGACUACGACAUAGUUAUUGGCUUUGCGGCACGAGAUUAGAACGCUUCUGGUUUAUAUCGAAGCCGAAGCACUGCGGCAGAAGGCUUCCGAAACGUGAUAUUUCCCAUCUCAAAUGAUCAAAGAACAAAACCGUGUUCGCGGUUUUUUCACAGGUAUUGUAUUUGCUUUGAUAUAAAGCAGAUAUUCACAGUUUAAUUCACUCAUGUUCAUAUGCCGGCGAAACGCAAAUGUAUAAAGAUUAAAGGAGGGUAUUAAGCUAAAGAGCGAUCUAAAUCGGUCAAACGAAAAUGCAGCACAACUGCAGAAGAUCUGUCAUGUACCACGAGGAAGAGACAAGCGAAUUGGAAUGUCACGCAUCCGACAUCGAGUAUCACAUGUACCAUGAAAAGUCUCUCAGUUUGCGUUCACCGUCCGUGUGCUCCAAAACCUACUUUGCAGAAAACUCAGUAACUGUUACAGAAUUUUUAAGUUCCAAGUUGCCAAACAGCAGUGAAACGUCCUAUUUCGCCUGCAUGUAAUUUCGACUACAAGACGUCAUUGUCAACAAAGCCUGACAUGGCAUUUAGGGGCGGACCAUUUUAUUUUUGUUGGGGGGGGUGGGGGGGUUGGAAGAUUUCGAAAAAAAAUUUCUUGUAACCAAGGAGAAAGAAAAAAAAUCAUGAAGCAUACAAUCGAGAAAAAAAUAUCAUACAAAAGAGAGCGCUCAAAAAAAAAUCCCACAUGCAAAUCUACUGACGUUCUUCACUUCAGUAUUGUGUCCAUUUGAGCAGGCACAUUUAAAUUGUUUAAUGAAAACCACUGACUAUCAUGCCAUGUCCAUGUACAGUAUAUUUAAAAUAGUCAGUAUUUAAAAAAACAACACGAGGUUAAAUUGGCACCAUUUGCAUAAAAGAUUACACUGCUGACCACCGACCGCUAAAUAUUUCAUGUAAUUGUUAUUUAUAAAAAAAAUAUACAAAUGUGGCAGCUAUUUUCUAAUGUGGGUGCUGAUGAGAAACCGGAAUUUUUUUACUUGACCUAACAAAGCUUUUAAAUACCUAAUUUAUAUAGACAAAUUACAGUUCCUGUGGAUGCAUUUGACAACAAACAGCAUCUUAUUACUACACUGAGGAACGUCUUUCCAUGUGGGACGUUGACAAUGACUUCCGUUGUCACCAACAGCCUUGUCAACCAGUAUUGGGAACAAUUAAGGACAAAAUACUUAAAAAAUGUUGGAAAAGAUGGUCAGUGUGAAUCGCGUAUUUGUUACCUGACAGACCAUCAUGGUUCGCAGUCUGAGGGAUACUGGUUACUUUCUUCACAUGUAAGUGCAUUCAAUUCCAUGUAAUAAAAUUCAUAAUUAAAAUUCAGGGUAAAUUUUAAGAUUACAGUGAAUGAAAACUGCAAUCAUUCAGAAAGAUUUCAUGGGGAAUUUUGUGGUGAAUGCCAGAUGAUUUUAGUCCUGUCAGUGGUACUGUACUGCCAAUAAAUCGGUUUAAAAAUCUAUUGACUAUUGACAUAAUAUACUCAUUGAUAUGCAUCUAAUUGUCUUAUACCAUAUUCUAUAGAUACAUCUUGAUCAUGGUAAACUGCUAAGUCCAUCUGAAAUUAAAUACUUUCCGGAAUCAGACUUAUCAGCAUAUUCAACGGAUUUUAAUCCAAAAUUGCUUGGAAAGACGUAUCUUCAAAAUGUAAUGAAAAGGUAACAUAAAUGUCAUAUUUAAAUUGCUACUAACUGUCUUAAAUUUACUCUAAUUCAGCUAGCCAGUUCAAACAGAUUUAUAUAUAAUGCACUGUAGAAUAUUAAUUAUGCAUGUGCACAAAUGCGCCCACUUUUUAUGAUACAAACAGUUUAACUAUGUUUUGAGUUCUUGAAAAGCCUGAUUGUUGUUUCUUGAUCAUUUAUUAUACUCUAGAAGCUUGAAAAUAUAAAUAGUUGUCGAAUAAAGCUCAAUAUUUUGGACACAAAAAUGUAAACAAAGGCUUUGUUUACAUACGGACUGUAGAUCACCUUUAAAACAUUUGCAGCCAAUCUUUAUCUGAUAUACAAACUUGAGCCAAAGGCAGUAGUUUGUAUAUCAGAUAAAGAUCGGAUGCAAAUGUUUUAAUGUACGUGCUAAACCUUGACAGGAUAUAAUUUAUCACUUCAAAUGACAAUAUUGUGCUACUUAAAGGGGCCCUAACAGUCAUUUUUUAGUCAAGGAAGUAUUGUUUACAUUUUUUGUUAUUGUCGCUACUUGACAUGCGCACCACAGCAUGCAUGCGUUUUCCAGUGUGCAGAAGUGUACAAGUCAUGGGUACUGCAUGUAAGAUACAGCCAUACAAAUCUCUGUGGAGUCCCCUACUUAAGGUGGCUUUUCGACUAAAAAAUGACUGUAGGGCCCCUUUAACUGAAUUCCACGAACUAUAAUUAACAAUCACUUCAACUAAUAUGUUUUCCAGAUAUCUACAGCUAGCCACUUCUGUUUUCAAAUCCAAUGAAGUGGGAUUUAAAUCGGCGACAUCAUUUGUUGUUACAAGAUUGCUACGCAAUGAUAUGGCCAUUUGGGGUAUGUACUUUACUUAGCCCAUGGAGCCGCAGUGCACCCCACUUAUUAUUUUUUUACUCAUCAGUGGGUAGGUUCUGCAUCUUAAUGGGCUGAAAAAAACCUGACAAUGUCUCUAGCUAACCCACUGAGCCACAAUGCACACCAGUGUAGAUGUGCCAUACCGGUACUUAUAUUGUUUUACUUGUCUAACACCAGACAACUUUACUCGUCAAUGGGGCAACGGGGAAGCUCUGCAGCCUUUAAGACUUUCAAAUAAAAAACCUUCACAAGCCUGGAGAGAGACAUGGAGCAAUAAUUCCUUUUAUUUAGUCUUAGUUUUUAUUAAUUUAAUUUGCAGAAGAAAGCAAUAUUGGUCUUGUGUACUGCCAUGAAAAGAAUGUUGGAAAGUCAUUGACACUGGACCUUUUGGCAACGGCACAAGGUGUUCCAACAAGAAAGCACCCGCUUAUAUUGUCUGGUGGAAAUCAAACCACCGCAGGGACAUCAGAGUAAGUUGAUUAUGUAACAAGACAAUUAAAACCAAUACAAAGAAUGCUUAAUAUGUUCUUAAAUAAUAUAGAAUUUGUAAAUUCUGAACGCUGAUUGGCUGAGAGCCGUGUUGUUUGUGCUACAUUUUUUCAUAUUGAUACAAGGUUACAUAAACACUCGUGGAAAUUGGGGAAACUUGUUUUCCACUCAAUUUCCACUCAUGUUGAUAUAACUGUAUAUCAACUGACAACAUGGAAAAUAUUUUAUAUUUGUUAAAUGUUAUAUAUUACUUUAUAGAGUUAUUUAAUUAUUUAAUUGCUGUGGUCUGUAUAUAAGUAAGAAAAUGUAUACAAUUGCCACUACCUCAUUGAUAAAGUCCAUUGAUUUUAAUAACAAAGCUUUAUAUCAAAACUAAUGUAGGUAAUAAAUAGCAAAUUAAUUAAAGUUAAUCAGAGGUGUAACUUAACAUUUGCCCACAUGCCAGAGGCAAGUGAAUAUCAUGACGGACGUUUUAUCUUGCAUGUCUGAUUGUGCACAUGCAACCACUCAGGGUCGACAUGUUGUCCCCUUAAUUAAUUUAUACCCACUACCUAGCUGGUACCCCAUUAUAAUAUAACAAUUAAACAAGCACUUCCUUGUUCUUGUAUUUAUUGAUUAAGUGUCGGAAUAUAUAGUAUCAUAUUAAUUUUUAUAUUUAAAACAUUUCAAAUUACUAGUAAAAAGAUACUGGAAUCGUUGGUGUCUACGACAAUGGUUGUAAUGAUUGAUGACCCAAUAAUUUCUGGGCCUUUUGGCGAGUUUUUGAACCAAGUUCAAGGUGGUUUGACCCAAGGCUCUUCGAACACUGGCAUGUUGGCACCAAAUGGGAGCAUUUUAUUGUCGUCAAACAACAAGGAAGUUGAAAGGUAUAUAUAUAUAUAUAUAUAUAUAUAUAUAUAUAUAUAUAUAUAUAUAUAUAUAUAUAUAUAUAUAUAUAUAUAUAUAUAUAUAUAUAUAUAUAAAUGGCCCUAUAUUGUUAUUCUUGUGUUAGUUUGUGCUAGUUAUGUAUUUAUCUGUCCAAUUUCUUAACCAAAAAUCACUGUAAAUGUCUGUAUUGUUAUUAAUUCUAGAGUGAAGGGGCGUGUCAUUCGCUUUGACUAUGUGAAAGACCAGCUAAGGCAUAAUGAAAUUGAUUCUCUUGAUGAACAAGAGUUAAAAGACCUUGUCCAAAAUAACAAAGUAAGUAAUUUAAUGUAAUAAAUGACAUAUCGACCUUGGAUAGACAUAUAGACAUGUUAUAGUUGAUUUAGAAAAUUGUACAGAAUACUUUGACUAAUGUAUACCCCCCCUUUGGAUAAAACGCUUCUAACUGCACAUGGUCCACAUGCCCGAAACUUGAAACGACGUAAAAUUAUUAGCCGUGCAUAUUAAGACAAAAAACCAAAACAACAUUAUAGCUUUUGCAAGUAUUAAAUAAGACUAGAGCCAUAUAAAAGAACCAUUUAUGCGAUAACUCCGCUUAUAUAAGACGCGUCUUAUGUAAGUCGCGACUUAUUUUGUUCCCUAUAAAUGGCUCUAUUAUCUGUAGUUUACUCAUUUUGCUCUCUGGCAUCUCUGCAUGGCGGAUUUAAAAAAAUUAUAUACUAUAUAUGUUUAUACCACUGGUAAGCAUACUGUAUGAAGUAUACUAACUAGAAAUGUCCAUCUUGGAACGCCCUUUGCUGCCCGCGCUCCUUUGCCCAGCGGCUCCGCUCGUGUUCCCUGUCUUUUUAAUAUUAAUUUAAUGUCUUCUAAAUGUCUUCUAUCUUUUUCUAUCUCAAUAAAUCUCAAUACUAAUCGUAAUCGUAGCCAAAUAAAGCCUCUGCGGAGGAAAGAGUAAAUUUUGUAAAAAUGAAAAAUUCCUGAAAUCGAAUAGCAAAAUAUUUUUACGUGAAAGCAUAUUGUGAAGGGGUAUAGGGGGCCCUCGAAUAACAGUAUGAAGCUCAAUUCGCGUUUAUUAAUAUUUUAAUUAGAAUGAGUCAAUUUUACCGAAAAAUUGAUUUCUAAAUUUCAAACUGCCCUUUCUCAAAUUAAAAAAAAUUCCCGAUAGAUUGACUCUUUAAAAUCAAAAGAAAAAAUCCUAACUGCUUAAAAUAAUCCCGAGAUGUCAGUAUCCCGGAUUUUGUCCAGCUAAAAGGUAGCAAGUUUAUUUUACUAUAAGUUUAUCUCUGUACUAAUUGUUAGGGCUUGUUAGUGGCGUGGAUAUGCCAUUUCAAGGAUAUGUGGGAGUCCCUAAAGGAUCCUCACAUUAAAGAAAUCCAACAGGUGAUAUUUCAUCAUUUACCCGAACACCAGCCUAGAUGGAUAAAAGGUCUAGCAUAUGUCAUCUAUACCUAUUGUUUGGUAAGUAUAGCACUUGAUAUAGUGCAUAUACUUUGUAGUACUUUGCCUGAGCCUAGAGUCUUAAUUCAUUUUUGUCUAGACAGCUAUACAGAAUGUCCUGUACUGCUGUAGCGAAAUGAAAUUUGCGUCAUGAUUUUUGUAUACAUGUCCUGUAUUAACAGAUUCAUUAUUCUGCUGGAAUACGACCAGAUUUGGAAAUGGUGUUCAAGUACUUCAUCAUAAUUGAAGCAGACAAAUUUACAAAAGCGCCAUUAUUAAAGAGACUGCAAAUUGGACUGUACAGAUUAAUAAGAAACAAUAUGACAAAGGUGUUGUGUAAUUAACUAUCUUUGUUUGUUGGGCAUUGCAACUGCAAUUUCAUAUUUUCAUGAAGGUGUAAUAUGCAAUGGUAAUUCCUGCAAUAAUUUGUCGUUAUCUAAUAGCGUAUUAGGGCCGACUGUUCAAACUAGCUGGUUAGUUGAAUCCUAACCUUUAAAUAUAUUCAUUUUCAUAUAUAAUCAGGUGCUGACGUUUAUUAAUCCAAACACUAGUGUGCGGAUAAAGAAAGAUGGCAAAUUAUUACCAGCCAUAGGAGUAAAAAUCACCAUAAUAGACGAAAUUGAAGAUGUUGAAAGAUACGUAAGUACCGAAUAUGACGUUUCUCAUGGACAAAAUCGAUAUGUGAGGCUUCCCCUACUCGCUAUCUAUUUAUGAAUUAGUUAGCGAAUAGCGUAGCCAAUCAGAAUGCAGCAUUUGCAUUAGAACUCGUGUUCCAAAUUUUGUAAGUUCAGAUAUGGCAUUUGUUCGUUCAAGGCAUAAUAUGUUGGCUACUUAUGUUCGUACAAGUAGAAAUAACUACAUGUCAACCGUAAGUAGCUGUUUUUAAAUAUGCAGGAAGUAAGAGAUUACGUUGGUGGCGACGAACUUGGUUAUAAACAAGUUGCGUUACUGGCCGCAAGUGAAGACGUCACUCUAAGUGACUUCAAAAAGAAAACUGGCGAGAAUCAGACGACGAGUGCGAAGGUCUUCAAGAUUCGAAAAUCCGUUUUGGAUGAGGGGUUCUUGGAUUGGUUGAACUAUGGUAAGUUGAAAAUGUAAUCGUGAAAUAGUGGUAGUCCUAAUUAGCCUUUCUCAUGAUGACGAAUAUCAAGCAUUUUUGGGUGGCAUCUAAUAAAACAAUGUGAAAAGUAAUUUCUGAAAAUAAACUAAUCAUUUACAAAGUAAUAUAAAGUUGCUCGGUUUAUAUGUGGACUUAUCUCAGACUUCGGCUGAAAUGGCACCCAAAAAUGGCGGCGUGCCAUUUAGAUAUAGGACAUUGUUACAUACAGCGAUGUGAAGAUACGUAUUUUAUCUUCGAAUGGUAAAAACAAUAUUUUACGAAGGCAAUAUAUAAGCCCCUACUUGAAACGUAAAUGGCAAUGGAAAACGAUAUGAGUUCCACACACUGAACUAGUUAAAAACGUCGCUAUUUUUGGUAAAUUGUGAACAGAAUGCGAAUAGAUCUUUCCGGUAAUUACAUCACAACUAUAUGGAAGUGAGGCGAGGAUCCACGCAAUAAGGCACUCACGCCCAUUGCUCGCGCCUCACUUGGCCACUUUCAUGUAGUUGUAGGUCUAUUGGCAAGGAAUAGUCACGUGAUCGAUAUCUUCACAAGUGAAGAAACGAAAAGUAUCAUACUGUGUGUAUUUUCAGUAUCUUACUGUAUGCUAUAUAGUAAUAAUCAUCCCACGUAUUAAUAACGUGUUACUUAAAUUAGCGUAAUUGUAUAAUAUAUUAUUUUGACUUAUCUUUAAGCAACGGCAAAAACAGGAGAAAAACCAAAUGAGUACAAUCCAAUAACAGAUGAAAUAAGGAGUGCGGAAGAACAAAAUCCUCUUUCUUCCGUUGAUGUAUCAGAAAACAUGUUACAUUUGGCAGUUCAAGGUAAAAAUACAUUGAAAGUUUGAGUAUGUCUAUAAAUGAUCUCUAAUGCACAAGGGUGUAUACAAAACCCUCUUCGUGUGUGAUAGGAGAAAAUUUGCCAAAACCAUGCAAAUAUAUUUUAAUCGUUUAAAUUAAUUUGUUUAAAUCUUUGAGGCAAUCGGAUGUACGAUAUACUUUUUCAUACUGUAAGUUAGCUAGAUGGAUAUCCACUUCACCGAGUUUCUAAAUAACCUCAUUUUAGGCUGUUGCGGUAUAUCGAUAUAUCGAUAAUUAUCGGUUUUUUAUAAAUACCGAUAACUCGAUAUUGAAAUUUUCGAUAUAUCGGUAUUAUCGGUAUUUUUUUUCCGGUAUCGGUUUUCGUUUUUUUUCAAAUACCACAACAGCCUACCUCAUUUCAUGUCAUAUAUAAUAUCUUUCAGAAUAUUUUGAAUCUAAAAUCGAAACGUCCGAAGAAAUUGCACAGUGUGUCAAUAUCUGUAGUGUAAGUUAUCUUUUUAUCUAUUCUUAAUUACUUGUAUAAUGUACAUAAAAAUAUUACUCGGCUGUGAUUGGUUGAUUUCAGUGCAGUUAGUCCCAAACAGCAGUGGCAGUGCAAUUUUCUGUAACCACAGUGCAAAAAUCUGUAACAAACUGAUCUUGAUUGGUGGAAAAAAUUGUGAUGAUAAAACCAACAAUAUGAUAUAUGAUAUAAUGCGAUAUAACAAAGCCAGAAAAACUUUGCCUGUGGAAAGUUCGUGAAAUUUGGCUGAUACACAUACACUCGUGAGUUUUUCAAAAACCUUAGAUAGCACUCGUCAUUUGGACUCGUGCUAUUUUGAGGUCUUUGAAAAACUCACUAUAGCUCGUGCAUGUUAAUCCAAAUCGCACUCGAAACCGUGCUAUACCUAUACUUAUCACGAUCCACCAAGUCGUGGCGCAUGCUCAAUGCAAAAAUAACGCCUAAUAAAAUAAUUUUAUUCUCGUUUUUAGCAACUUACACCAAAGUCUAAGGCAAAGUACCUGGCUUUUAGUCCUGGAAAAAGAAUGGCUUGCGAAUGGGUUAGUCCAUUUGAUGCGCCCCUUACUUAUAAGUAUAGAAUUAUUAGAACAAAUACGACAUUUAAAUGUGUGUUUGCGUAAACAUUUCGCGCACACAUUUCAGCAAAAUUAUCUGCAUGUAUCUUACCAUUUUGAAUUUUGCUGUCCCGGGCAUGUUGCAGCAAAAAUUUCAGAAUGACAUGUAAAAAACUUAUUACAAGAUCUUGUUUAUGACCUUUUUCUGGCCUUUCAAACAAUGCCGAUGGUCAGUUUUAGGUAUAAAGAAUCGUUAUUUGUUCCGCUAUGUAACAAAUGGUCAAUGCCAAUGGUAUUAUAGUUAAGAGCUGUACCCUGGCAGGCAAAAAGAUAAAAUUACUAACAAAAACGUCCCGUUCUGUAUGUAGUAAAUCAUUAAUUUACUUAUUAAUAAUUUAAGCCCAGAUUAUUUUUCUACAUUUUUUCCUAUAGGGAAUGAACUUGCAAAAUCGCCUGAAGGUUUUCAAAAUUCAGGAAGAGACCGGUACGUAUGGAUAUUUCAUUCCGCGUAUAAACCAAAGGAUCAGACCCAAUCUCGGGUUGUGUUAAUUAAAUUUUUAUCGAGUAACUUUUGCUGCCUCAAAACAGAGUUAGGGCUUUACAAUCAUGAUACAAUAGCACAAACAAUGUAUUUAUAAUCUUAAUUUAGCAAAAAAAAAAUAAUUAGAGAUCUGCGAUGGAAGGCCUGAUCAGUACUGUGCGCCGGUGUUUUGGCCUAUUUUGCCGGAGCUGGAGUUUCAACUCCUGCACCACUUUAUUUUCCCGCGCGUGCGUCACGCAACCGCUUAGCACAUCGAAGCGCCUGGGACGAGGCUGGCACUUACACAUUUUCUUCUUUUAGGUAAAGACACCAACGACGAUAGACGCAUCGAAACACAGCCAAUAGGUGCUGGUAAGGGCAAUGAUACUGUACACUGUAGUUAUAUGCAUCGCCUACACAUGGUCCCUAUAAACUGUGUAUUGAUUUUAUUAGAUAAAGAAACGAACGAAAAUGAAAAAAGGCGUGAAACACCAACUGCAGGUGGUAAUUAUACCAUUGUAUAUUAAAUCAUUGAUUAAAUCAUUGACAUUGCUGUUUAAAUAUUUGUCGUCCAACACAGUAAAUUAACUCAUAGCUCUAAUUUAUAUUAUAUUUUUGCCAUAGACAUCAUAAAAUCUAUUAAAAGGAAAUUUGAAUUACUACAUAAUGUCUACCUUGCUUGUGAAAUCGUUUUAAUUAGAUUUGAUUAUAAACAAGAUGGUGGAUAACGGAGUCUUUUAUCUCAAAAUUAAGAAAGCUAGCUAAGAUUUGUAAAAGAGCUUUACAAAUACACUCCGUGCUCCUUCACUAAUGUAAAUACUAAUCAUUAACAGCUGAAAAAGUGAAGAAGCGUUCCCUCCAGUUUGACGACGAGGCAGUUGGCGAAUGCUCAUCUCCUACAGAAGGUAUGCCAAAAUGCGACUGGGGCUGUCUCUGCAUGUGCAUUGUAAUGGUCUUUUUGAGAUAAGAGAACACAAUAAUUGAAUUUUAAGUCAACAAUUGUAUUUAUAAUUAUUUAAAGGCGCCAAGAAGAAACCCGGUGUUUCAAACAGCAUCACAUUCGUCGAAGGUGCAGUUGGAGUUUGCUCUGGCAUCGCAGGUACCACGAACAGUAUUUUAAAUAUAUCGCUUGGAUUUUGGAUUUUCAACAAAUCAACAAUUCACUUUUUCGACCCUAAAGACACGUGUAGCAACACGUGACCAAAAAAUGUAAACAAAUGCCAAAAGUUCGGACAAGCUUAAUUGUUCGAACAUACAAUCAAUUGACCUUUCCCCUUAUAACCAAAAUUUUGAUCUAGGCAAGUCUAGAGAAAUAUUUCAUCACAGCUUGAAAGAGCAUCACAAAAUUAGUAAUAUUCCAAAGUUUCGUUGCGAAAUGUUGUAAAAUGAGGAAAACAGAGCCUUGCGAAGUUUGCAAUUUUCAGUCAUUUUGCAUUACAAACGGGAAAUUGCAGUCCCAACACCCGAAUCGUAUGUCAAUUUCCCGUUUGUAAUACAAAAUGACUGAAAAACGGCAAACUUCGCAAGGCUAUAUUAUCCGCAUUUUACAAGAUUUUGCCACAAAACUUUGGAAUAUUACUAAUUUUGUGAUGCUCUUUCAAGCUGUGAUGAAAUUUUUGUCUAGAUCGAAAUUUUAGUUAUAAGGGGAAAGGUCCAUUGUAUGUUCGAACAAAAGCUUGUCCGAACUUUUGGCAUUCGUUUACAUUUUUUGGUCACGUGUUGCAACACGUGUCUUUAGGGUCGACAAGGCGAAUUGUGUUUCAUAAUUUCUUACAGGUAUCAAGAGGAAAGUAAAUGGUGCAGCACUUAGCUCCGGCUCCACAGGUAAUACCACGACCAUUGUUUUAUUCUAUCGACGAUCUUUCCAUUAUUAUUAUUACGACAUUAUUAUUAUUAUUAUUACUACUACUAUUAUUAUUACUACUACUAUUAUUAUUAUUACUACUACUAUUAUUAUUAUUACUACUACUAUUACUACUAUUAUUAUUUUUACUACUAUUAUUAUUUUUACUACUAUUAUUAUUUUUACUACUAUUAUUAUUUUUACUACUACUAUUAUUUUUACUACUACUAUUAUUUUUACUACUAUUAUUAUUUUUACUAUUACUAUAAGGGUUUCGGUGCGCUAGUUGUCAGAGCAAGCGCAUUUCACCUCUGAGCUCGUGGAUUCGAUUCUCGCUAUGGACUCACGUGAAAAGAGUCUGUCAACGCCCGGCCGACAGUCGCUUAGUCCUGGGCGCUCCGGUUUCCUCCCACAGGGAAAGUUGACAGGGUCGGUCAGAAAGUAAUAUCACAAAUGUUGUAAAUUAGAUAAAUAGUCUAGGUUAAGUAACAUAAGUAAGCGUAAUACUUUAUGCAAUCGGUCGCUGAAAAGCCCCAGUUGGAAGUGAGCUAAAUAGUCACGUAAUGAAAUUAUAAUAGGGUAAAUUUCUAAUUAAUGUUCUUCACAUGCACAUCUCCUGACGCCCUACGUACCCAUUUUUAUGUGAAACUUUACAUGUUCUUGAUUUUAAAUAUGGCAGGUACACGGAAAUCAACAAAAGAUAAACAGAGCAAGUGUUUCGUGUGCGACCUAAAGUUUUCUGAAGAAAACAAAGGAACCAAGCAGGAAUGGUUGUUCUGUGACGAAUGCAACGAAUGGUUUCACUU